UGCUUUAUCAACGCAUCGAAAUGGCUCAUGUUCGGACCUACAAUCCGCGCGUGCGUGUGGGGAACUGGAAAGAAGACGUGACUUUAGAAGAGGAAACUUUAAAGGAGUUUAUUCUUCAAAAAGAAAGAGGUGAACUCGCCGUGCAGAAAGUUUUGAGGCAAAACAUCAUGAAACCAGUCAGCUUAUCGGUAUCUCUGGAUGGCUUUUUGAACUUUGGAGACACGGUCAUUCUGAUGAACUCUGGAGGUGGACUACAUGACCCACGCAGGCCCUGUGUCCUCAGCAUCAUUGCCGACAGCAGUAAUAUUGGGUCGCAUUCAGGGACAAAUCCAUCUCCCCGCCUUCGUGGGCCCCUUCAAGUCGGGGGAGCCCACAGUAUGGACCCCUGCGUCAGAAACGCCUUUGUCAUUACAAGCGUUGAUGGGACCCCAGAUGGAGAGGUGGUCAGAUAUGACCAAAACUUUGCACUUAGAACUACAUCAGGCUUUGCCGGAGAGCUAUACCUUGCCAGUGACCACAGGACUUUUCUGAAGUGCGCUAAGAACUCUCGGCUACAGGAGCUGAGCUUGGUAGACAAAACUGAUUUCCUUUGCUGGUGGAAAGUGAUUUAUUUGGACCCUCAAGAAAGGCUUGAAAACGAGGGCUAUCCUGUCCAGGUGAACAGGAAGGUUUUGAUUUCCCAUUGUAAAACCAAUCAAUGUUUGGCUGCGCUCAGCAAUCACAUCCUUUGGACUCCGUUUGGUAAAGAGUAUGAACUCACUGCUCACACAUUCUUGGACUCCCAUAAGGCUGAGCAGGACAAUAAUCAUUGGCUGUUUGUCACGGCUAAUCCUACCAAUCAAAAUCAAAGUCUUCUGCAACCACAACAAGAUGAUGUCAUGACAGAUGAGCUGAGACAAGAACCAGAGCCAGUGGAGGACAUACAAGUAAACGAGCAGUUCAAAAGAGAUGUAAAACAGAAUAACUGGACCUAAAAGA